GGAUGACAUCAUGCCUGCCCAAGUUGACAAUCAGACCCCGAUGCUUUAUUAAUUAUCCCAAACCAUAAGUGCUGUUUCGAAAAUAAGCCCCCUCGCAUCAACCUUCUCGGAUCAAACUCGAUACAAGUUCUUGGCAAACGGAGAGAGGGAAACAAUAAGCCAACGUAUUUUACCGACACUGAGUAUCCAAGAGAAAACUCGAGAACGAAGCAACAAUAAUUAGUUAUGCCCCCUACCCCGCACCACGUCCUACUCCUCGGCGGUCACGGCAAGGUCGCCCAGCUGCUCACCCCGCUACUGCUGCGCCGCGGGUGGGACGUGACGAGCGUGAUCCGCACAGAGGAGCAGGCGCCGACCAUCCAGGGGCUAGCUCCCAAGGACGGGGGGGAGGGGACGGGGAGGUUGAAGGUGCUUGUGCGGAGUCUGGAGGAGGUGAAGAGCGAGAGCGACGCGGAGAAGGUGAUUUCCGAGUGGGGAGGAGAUUAUGUCGUCUGGAGUGCUGGGGCUGGUGGGAAAGGGGGUCCUGAACGAACUUACGCUAUCGACCGCGACGCCGCGAUCCACUUCAUCCGUGCCGCGGCCGCGGCCCCGCACGUCACUCGCUUUCUGAUGGUUUCGUACCUGGCCUCACGGCGCGGCCGGCCAGCCUGGUGGUCCGAGGAGGCCUGGGCCGCGGCCCGGCACCUCAACGAGCAGGUCUUGCCGCACUACUACCGCGCCAAGCUGGCCGCCGAUGAGGCGCUCUACGCCGUGUCCAAGGAGAGAGGGGACGCCUUCGUGGGUAUCAAUCUGCGGCCGGGAACGCUCACGCUCGAGCCGGCGGGACGGGUCGAGCUGGGUAAGACGGGGGACGUGAGAGGCAAUGUGAGCAGGGCGACGGUGGCGAGGGUGGCCGACUUGUUGCUGGCGAGCGAGGGGAUCAAGAACACGUGGCUGGACUUGCUGGACGGGGACGAAGAGGCGGAGGCGGCGGUGGAGAGGGUCGUCAGGGACGGGGUGAACGCGGCCGAGGGGGAAGAUAUUUUUUGAGGCUCUACCAGACUAGGACAUUGAUCGGUUGCCUUGAUAAGUUAUCUGUACACUUCUGUUUUCCCCGGCGCUACUGCAGCUGAAAGGGCAGGUCACAAGAUAACGGCCUCGAGAGGACCGAAUUAUCGUACGGAGGCAGCCAGACAACCCGACAACUUUGACAUGCACUGUACAUUAUUUGUGUAUGAUUUGUGUAUGCAUGUGCAUACAUACAUAAUUACACUCAACUUGCCCAUUGACCUUUCCGACUUCUACGCCUUUUGUAACCCCGAGCUAAUUCUAUGAUGCAUUACGCCGUUGUACCCCUUGUGAUGUC